AGAAAAUGUGAUUUUUUUAAAACAUAAACACUCGCCACUAUCUUAAAGUCACAAGUGGGUUCAUCUGCUCCAUUUGUCCGCAACUUCCAGAUUCCUCUUUACUGUCAUUUUAUCUUCUACUUCAUAGCAUCUUCUUCUAUUCAAUGGCUCUGAAGAUCUACACGCAUGGUUGUUCUAUCUGACUUUUGACCAACGUUUUAGUCAUCUAAAUCAUAAUCUAGCCCUAUUGGUCGAGUUUGGGGAAUAUGAAGAUGAGCUUGAACGAGUGUAAUAAAAAAAGUCUACUGUGGAAUUCACUUUCCAUUUGCAACAACAUAAGAUUGGGAGCAACAAUUGUGUUAGAGGAAUGGCACCAGGUAGUAAGGAAAAGGUUCAAAUGGAAAGUCAGUCUCAACCAAGUAUUCGACAACAUAAAUCCAAGAAAGCUUCACCAAAUUUCGUAACUCUCGGGGGAAUUCGGGGAGUUCUAGAAAAAUCAAAACUACCUGUUAGGGGUGAAGUUGUUGAUACAAGAAAGAAGACAUUUGCACAAAACAUGUCCUCUAAAAGAUGUGCACCAACUACAACACUGCAUAGUCCUGAAAUCAUUGAAGCAGAUGCAAGUCAAACUCAUGAAAAUUCAGUCAUUGGUAGUCCUCAUCGUGCAUCACCAGAAAGAACUGUUGAAGGAGCUUCUUGCCCUAAGAAAAGAGGUCGUGGUCAAACGAUGGGCAAGGGAAUUAUGAGGGCAUUUGCGGCUUCUAAGACCAAAAUGAAGGUAACUGUGGAUCCAUCGAUCGGAAGACCAAAAGAUGGAGAAGAAUCAGCAAAGCUUUCGAGUCAAAUCGGUAUAGUUACUCGUGAUGUACUUCCUGUGCCAAGAAGGUGGAAUGAAGUAGAUGAGGAGAAUGGGCUGGAAUCUGGAUUUGAUCAUAUACAGAUGCAUAUGGAUGUUAAUUUUGGUGAUCCCGGUGUGAAAGAAAGCUUAAUUGGAAGGCUGAAAAGCAGUACUCGGCAAAAACGUUACAAGCUACACAUGCAUUACAAACAAUUUCAAACUUUGGAAGAAGCUAAAGUAAAUAAGCCUCCAAUUUUCCUAAGCCAAGAAAAUUGGGAAUUACUGUGUGAUCAUUUUGCAUCUGCCAAGUUCCAGGUGAUAAAUUAAAUUCAAACAUUUCAGACAAAUGUCUUAUUUUUAUUGUAAUUCUAAAUGGCCUUGAUCUAUUUACUGUCUCUGGCAAUGUAGAAAUCAAGUAUUACGAACACAGGAAACAGGAAAUUGGUCCGAGGUCCACACAUUACAGGCAGAAAACCUUUCACUGUUCGACUACAUGAAAUAGUGAGUGUAUUUGUGUUAAUAACUAGAAACUAAGUAGUAUUAAAUUCUAUAUUUUCCUAAGGUUAUGUUAUGUUUUUCUGCCAUUUACUCCAAGUUGUGUGAUUGUGCUUGAAAUUUCCAUUCCCAUUGCAAGUUUUGAACACUCUUAUUUCCAUUCUGAGUAAGUGUCUUUGCUAGUUCUGAACUCUCUUAUAGUGUCUUUGCUCUGUAAAUUCAGUAAGUGAAUUUUGAUUGCAAUCUUUGUUUUUGCUGGAAUCUGUAUUUGGGAUUAUACCAAAAAUGCUUGUUGUUAGUUCAUAACUUUAAAUUUAUGCUAAUCAAUAUGCUCUGUAAUGGGAGAGUUCAGGACUUGCAAUGGGAAUGGAAAUUCAGUUACGUUUUUCAGCCAUUUACUCCAAGUUAUGUUUUUCUGCCAUUUACUCCAAGUUAUGUUUUUCUGCCAUUUACUCCAAGUUAUCUUGGGCUAGUUCUGAACUCUCUUAUAGUGUCUUUGCUCUGUAAAUUUAGUAAGUGAAUUUUGAUUGCAAUCUAUUUUUUUCCUAGAAUAUGUAUUUGGGAUUAUACCAAAACUGCUUGUUGUUAGUUCAUAACUUUUAAUUUAUGCUAAUCAAAAUGCUAUGUAAUGGGAGAGUUCAGAACUUGCAAUGGGAAAUGAAAUUCAAUUAUGUUUUCUGCCAUUUACUCCAAGUUAUCUUGGGCUAGUUUUGAACUCUUAUAGUGUCUCUGCUCUGUAAAUUCAGUAAGUGAAUUUUGAUUGCAAUAUUUUUUUUGCUGGAAUCUGUAUUUGGGAUUAUACCAAAAAUACUUGUUUAUAUAUGGUUAAUUUGUAACUUUUAAUUUGUUUAUAUAUGGUUAAUUUGUAACUUUUAAUUAAUGCAUUGUAAAUGAAGUUGGAACAAUAGAUUUAGAGCUACAAUCUAUCUUUCCAACGAGAUAUAAUACGCCCCAAACGGAUAAACACACAGUAGGAUAUGAGUGUCACAAAUACUUAGCCUUAUCUCUAUGAUUUAGCGUUUUCAGCUAAAAUAGAGCACUUUUAGCAUAAAUACAGUGUAUUUUAGUAAUUAGGCAAUAAUCCCUUGAUUUUUUGAAACCAGCGCCUGAAGACAAGUUUUAGAACUCGGUAUGAUCUUUCAAACGAGAUAUUAAACGCUUCCAAUGGCACAACAAAGAGCAAGAUGUGAUCGCAUCAAAUUCUACACGAGUUCAGAGUGAAAUCAGAAACAUUUGUGAAUAUAUGGUUAAUCUGUAACUUUUAAUUAAUGCAUUGUAAAUGAAGUUGGAACAAUAGCUUUAGAGCUCCGAUCUAUCUUUCCAACGAGAUAUAAUACGCUCCAAACGGAUAAACACACAGCAAUCUCUAUGAUUUAGCGUUUUCAGCGAAAAUAGAGCACUUUUAGCGUAAA